UAUACUGAACAAUCAAAAGCUUUUGCAGUAGCCUUCAAUGGAGGAAAUGGACAAUCCCGAACAAGGCGGCGAUAUUUCCCGCAAAAUCAUUUCUAUCGCCGCCGGCGAAGCUCAUACACUCGCUCUCACUGGUGAUGGAAAAGUGUAUUCUUGGGGGAGAGGAACAUUCGGCCGGCUGGGCACCGGUUCGGAGGAAGAUUGUCAUUUUCCGGUCCGGGUCAACUUCUUUGACUCCGAUGAUGAUGUUGAUAGGGAAGAGAAGUUGAAGAUUGUUGCGAUUGCUGCUGGUUCUUAUCACAGUCUUGCUCUUGCAGAUGAUGGAUCAGUCUGGGGCUGGGGUUACAACAUCUAUGGUCAAAUUGGUGUAACUGGAGAAAAUAAUCUGACUCCUCACUUGUUGGAGGGCUUCUUUGGAUUAGGAUCGCCAGGUUCUUCGACACGAGAUCAAGAAACAAACACCGAAAAACCACUCAAGAUCGCCUCAGUCGAAGCUGGAGGAAUGAUGUCGCUUGCAAUCGACAGUCUCGGUUCGUUGUGGAUGUGGGGUAAUUGCCCCCACCCUUCUCAAAACGAGUCGCUCGAGUUCUCACUCAUAAGCAGUGCAUCUCCGGUUCCUGUCUGGAAUUUCCACGGCCACACUGUUGUUAAAGUAGCAUGCGGGAACGAACACGUUAUCGCGUUAGUCAGUGCUGGAGAAACGCAUGAAGGCGGUGACCUAAUAUGCUACUCUUGGGGUGGUAAUACCCACGGUCAACUAGGGUUAGGGCACAAAGAAAACAUGACCAAUCCGAAGAUUAUAGAAGCAUUUAACCUCGAAUCCCGUUUGGAAAUCUACGAUAUAGCAUGUGGUGCUUUCCACACUGCUUUAUUAGCCAAGAGAAAGAAACCGACCGAAUCUUUAGAAAGUCUUUGCUGGACUUUCGGCUUGGGCGAUAACGGGCAGCUAGGUCAUGGCACGACACAGAGUUUACCAUCUCCUGAAAUUGUGACAGAGCUGCCAAAGAGAAUAUUCCUGGUAUCGAUCGGGUGUGGUUUGUUUCACACAAGUGUUGUCUCGUCUGAAGGAGAAGUGUGGUCUUGGGGUAUGGAGAAAGGUCUCGGUUUAUGCCCCGAUGCUAGGUUUACUGGACCUGAUGCAGGGGAUGCUCUCUCCCCGAUAUUGAUUCCUCGUAAUGGAUUGGUUGACCGGAAGUUUCCGGAACCUUUGGAGGUUGCUUGUGGUGGGGCCCACACGGUUCUUGUUGGCGACGGUGGGUUUAGGGUUUGGUCUUGGGGCAGAGGAAGGAGUGGGGUCCUCGGAAAUCGUGGGACCCACGAUUGCUAUUCGCCGGCUUUAGUGUCUUGGCCAUUAUCGAAUAAUUCGGUGGACAAUGAGUAUAUUGAAGAAAAAAAUAGUCUAGAGAAUUUGGAAUCGGAGAAAAGAUUCUCCGAGGUAAUGGCGGAGAUGAACCUGCUUCGAUCGAAAUUCUCGGUGAUGGAGAGAUACGCAAGUGUGCUUCAUGGUUCGAUUUUUGGGAAGCCUUUCCAAGAGGAGGAUAUUCCGGUAUCUCUUCAAAACUCCGGUACGUUUGAUAUUGGAAAAGAGUGGGAGAAUAUGCUGGAAUCUUCGGAUCAAAGAAAACUUGCUCGUCUAGAAAUGUUCUACCGCGAUAUGCUUGCUGGCGUAAAGGAUAAGUUGAUGAAGAGAAGGAUAUACGAGAUUGUGCACGAGUGCAUAAAAUCGAACACCGACAAAACUAGUGAGUAAAUUUCAUUUCGUGCAGAGUCUGUCUUAGAACUACAUUGCUAAAAAGUUUGGAUAAUCGAAACAAGGUAUGCAGAUAUAUUUUCUUUUUUAUUUCAAGUAAUUACUCUGUA